ACAGUGAAAACUUUAGCAGACGAUAAACAUGGCGGCAUCAGAGAAGAAAAAAUUUCUCAACUUCAACGUCGGUGUUUUAGGCCACGUUGACAGUGGAAAAACUAGCUUGGCAAAGAUUCUUAGCUCUAUUGCUAGUACAGCUAGUUUUGAUAAAAAUCCACAAAGUAGAGAGAGAGGAAUAACUCUCGAUUUGGGCUUUUCAUCAUUCAUUGUAGAACCGCCAGAUCAUUUACAACAAUUAGAACUUGAAAAGUUCCAGUUUACGUUAGUCGAUUGUCCUGGUCAUGCAAGCCUUAUUAGAACAAUUAUGGGAGGAGCCCAAAUUAUUGACUUAAUGAUGUUGGUUGUCGAUGUGACAAAAGGAAUCCAGACCCAAACAGCAGAAUGCCUUAUUAUAGGUCAAAUAACAUGCGAUAAAAUGAUAGUUGUUCUAAAUAAGAUAGAUCUUCUAGAUGAAUCUAAGAGACAAGCCAUUAUUGAUAAAAUGACAAAACGCAUUCAAAAAACAUUGGAACCAACAAAAUUUGCUGGGAGUUCUAUUGUAUCCGUAUCAGCGAAACCAGGUGGACCAGAGUCAACAGAUACAAGUGGUAUUAAUAUACAAGGAUUGAUAGAUACGUUAAAAUCUAAUGCAUUCUCUCCUAAGAGAUCUACAACUGGCCCAUUUAUAUAUGCAGUUGAUCAUUGCUUCUUAAUUAAAGGACAAGGAACGGUUAUGACUGGCACAAUUCUAUCUGGAAAAGUUUCAGUUAAUGAUCAAAUUGAAAUCCCCGCUUUAAAAGAAGUUAAAAAGGUGAAAAGUAUGCAAAUGUUCAAGAAACCUAUUGAAAAAGCUAUUCAAGGCGAUAGAAUUGGUCUAUGCGUUACUCAAUUUGAUCCAAAACUUUUGGAAAGGGGUCUUGUCUGUUCAAUUAAUGCACUUCCAACUAUUGACGCAGCUAUAGUCGAUAUAAAAAAGAUUCAAUAUUAUAAGGGUAGCGUCCAAACGAAAUCUAAAUUCCAUAUAACAGUUGGCUAUGAAACUGUAAUGGGAAAUCUAACUUUCUUCUCUGAAAGUAAUCACAACAACGAUGAAGGAAAAGUUGAUAGUAAAUUUACUUUUGACUCGGAAUAUAAAUACGAAGAAGAGCUAUUAGACGUAGGGAAACAAUAUUUACUCGUAGAAUUCGAAAGACCAGUUAUUUGUUCAGCUGAUAGUUAUAUAAUUGGUUCAAGGUUAGAUACCGAUGUUCACGCUAAUAUAUGUCGACUUGCAUUUUAUGGAUCUCUUGUAAAAACGUUUGGACCAAACUAUUCUAAAGACCUCGAAGCUCUUAAAAUAUUUAAAUGGAAACAACGGCAAGGAGUGGUGGAACGAAAAACCGAUGAUUAUACAGUUGUCUGUAAUGGUUUAUUCAAGAAAGAAAGUAAUAUAGAAGCUUUUAGAAAUCUUAAAGUUGAAUUAUCAACGGGCGAAAAAGGGGUAAUUGAAAGUAGCUUUGGUCAAAGUGGAAAGUUUAAAGUUAGACUUUCAGAUGGUCUAAAAGAAGAAACGAGCGAAUUAAUAUCGUCAAAAAAGAAGAAACAGGAAGCCCAUAAUGAAAUUGUUAGGGUUAAUUUAAAAUUUAAAAGAUACAUCUAUGAUUCAAAGAAAAGGAUGAUACAAACAUAA